CCGGGGGGUGCUCGGGGGCGGUUUUGGGGGUGAUUCCUCGGGAUCCCCUCGCCGGGCGAGGAGCUGCAGCUUCCCGGAGAGGGCGGGUGGGCCGGGACCCGGUGGCGGCGGGGGUUGUCUGAGCCCGGUUCGAGUCUUGUCACGUCCCCCGCGGGGGUUUUGGGGUGUCCGUUCCGUGGUCUCGCUGUGGCCGAAACGAACCGGGCCGGUUCUGUGGUUAUCCCACGGGGAACGUGACCGGAGCCGAGGGAGCGGGGACUCCUCGUGUCCCAAACUCCCGGGGACGGGACGGCUCGGAGAGUGCUGUGCGUGGGAGCGGGGGCAGCGGCCGUGGCCAGGUCGGGGUGUAGGAUUUGGGGGUCCUGUCCCAUUGGAUUUGGGGGUCUGUCCCAUUAGAUUUGGGGGUCCUGUACUAUUGGAUUUGGGGGCCCUGUCCCAUUGGAUUUGGGGGUCUGUCCCAUUAGAUUUGGGGGUCCUGUCCUGUUGGAUUUGGGGGCCAGUCCCACUGGCUUUGGGGCAAUGUCCCAAUGGAUUUGGGGAUUUUCCUGCUGGAUUUUGGGUGUUGUCACCCAAUCUGAGAGUGAACUGUUGGAUUUGGGGGUGUCUCCCCUUGGAGUUGGGGGUCUUCCAGUGGAUUUGGUGAUCUUCCCUGUUGGAUUUGGGGGUCUUCUCCACUGGAUUUAGGGGUCUUUCAUUCAAUUUUGAGGAUCUGUCCUUCUGCAUCUGGGGAUCUCUCACUGAAUUUUGGGGAUCUGUCCCUCUGGAUUUGGGGUCUUUCAUUCAGUUUUGGGGGUCUGCCCCUUAGGAUUUGAUGGUCUCUCACUGAAUUUUUGAUGUCUGUCCUGUUGGAUUUGGGAUCAGUCCCUCUGGAUUUGGGGCUAUUUCAUUGAAUUUUGGGAGUCUGUCCCUUUGGAUUUGGGAUCUGUUCCUCUGGAUUUGGGGGUUUCUCGCUGAAUUUUGGGUGUCUGUCCUGUUGGAUUUAAAUGUCUCUCACUGAAUUUUGGGGAUCUGCCCCAUUAGAUUUGGGGGUCUCUCAUAGGAUUUUGGGCACUGUCCCAUUGGGGGGCCACCACUGAGGGUUGGUGACAGAGAGGGGACACGAGGAGGGAGCUGAGUGAUGGCUGUUGCUGUGACAGCUGCGCCGAUGAUUCCCAGGAGCUGCUGAGCUCCUUAUCCCUCCCUGCGUAGCUGGAAUUCCUGUUUGGGGCCCCCUCCCUGGAAUGGCUCUUCUGUCCCUCUCAGCUGACAGCUCCCAAAAUUCUGCUGCUCUCCAGUCUCUGAUGGUGUCAUGGGAUUCCUCAGGCAGCUCCUUGGAUUUCCAUCUUAUUCCUUGGAGGUCCCUGGAAAAAUCCUGGAGGUGGGGCUGGUCCACGCUGAUCCAGAGGGACUCUGGGCAGAAAUCCCCUGGUUUUGGGGAAUGCUGUAGUUGGGAUCUUUGAGAAGAGCCCAAGGAAAGGUGGGGGUUGUAGGGGAGAAGCGACAAGCAGGAAUGAUUGUGUUCAUCAGGAAUGUGCUCAGAUGGUGCCAGAAGGAACAGGGAGAGCAGGCAGGGACAAAGGAUUGUUCUGGAGAGGAGAGCUCUGCACGGCCUGUUCCGUGAUGGGCCAGCCCAGCACAGCCCUUGGCAGCACUUGUUCCUCCUUCGGGAGGCACCAGGACAUUCCCUGGAGCAGGAGGUGUCCUGGCACCCGCUGGCACUGAUGCCCAGCUCCAGGCCUGCCCAUCCUCCCCACGGUGCCGUGCUUUGGGGUAAAACAGGGCAUUAGAAGCACCUUUCAGGGACGUCAUUCCCUGCAUUCCAUGCACGUGUGGCUGUGGCAGCGAGUCCAGGACACGACUGUGGCCCUGAUCCCAGGCUGGGACAGGGACAAGGUCCCUGGAGCGGGGCUGGCUCUGGGCUCUGGGUGGCAGAGGGUGUCAGCGUGCCCGGGCCGGUUCUGCUCCCCUGGCCAGCAGCACCGGUUGGACCAGCACUGCCCUCCCUGGGAUCUCCAGUGGGAGCUGGGAAUGAUGCUGGGAGUGUCAGGGCUCCCUCCAGGCUCGGCUCUGGCUCAGGAGCUGGAAGCUGAACCCUCUCACGGCCUCUUCCCUCAGCAGUGCCCUUUGAUUGCUGGUUGGCAUUGGGAAUUUCAUUGGGAAUUUCAUUGGGAAUUUCCUUGGGAAUGUCAGGGCUCUCUCCAGGCUCUCAGGAGCUGGCAGCUCAGCCCUGGCAUGGCCUGUUGCCUGGGCAGUGCCCUUGGAUCACCAGCUGGAUUGGGAAUGGCCAGGCUCUCUCCAGGCUCUCGGGAGCUGCCUGAGGAGCUGGGAGCUGUUCCUGCUCAGUGGGACUUACCUUAAUAAACUCUUGUUCUCCCCGUUCAGCUCCAGCUGCCCCCGUUCCUGCUCCCACCCCUGCUCCAGGUACUCGGGACCCUCCUGUAACCCCUCGUGUGCCGCAUUAACCAGCGUGUGCCAUUCUGGGGGUUGCAUUCCAUUAACCCUAACAGCUUCCAGGGAAGUGGGGGGCACUGGGGGGCCUGGCCCCACCACCCCCAUGGCGUUGUGCCCAUAUCACCCAGAGAUGGAGGGAGGGGGCUCACUGGGCACUCCAGGAGUAAUUCCACAUGCCAGUGGGUUAUAUUGGACUUUCCCUCCCUCUUCUUAGGUGGGUCUUUGUUCCCCCAGGCUUGUGAGCAGCUCGGGCUCCACAGAGGUUGUGACAGCCCCUUUGGUGUGGCAGAGCUGCAUCCCUGCUUCUCUGGCCCACUGGAGAUUCCUGGUGGUUCAGGGAGUGCCUCCUGCCAUUCAGGGCUCUCAGGAAGAUCUGUUCUAGAAGGGAAUGAAUGUCCUGGUCCGUGCUGACCCUGGCAGGCUGGGCAGUGCCUGCUGGGCCAGCAGCCAGGCACAGAGGCCAGAGGAAUGCCAGGGCUGGCUGCAUGCCCCCUCCUUUCUCUCCUUCUCUCCCUCCCUCCUCUCAUGGCUCACUCUGUUUCUCUCCUUUAGCUGUUCUUCAUGCUGCUCAUUCCCCACCUCUGACUCCAUCUUCAUCCGCCCAGGCUCUCCCGGCACAGCUGCCCGGCUCUGCCCCGGCUCUGCCGGGCCCCGUGUCCCCCGCCGUGGUCCCGGCUGCAGCCAUCCCCGUGUUCUCCAUGGCCCCCCAGCCCCCUGCCCUGCCUCUGCUGGGCCCAGUCGCCCCUGCCCCUCCUCCAGCUCCGCAGGCCCCCGUGGGUUUUGCAGCCCCAGGAUCUCCAGGGCCUGCCCCGGUUAGCCCAGUGUCCCCAGGAUUCCCAGCCCCAGUGUCACCUGGCCUGGCUGCUGCUUCUGCUGCAGUGACAGUGGCCCCUCCUGUCCCCCCAGUGAGCCCCACUUCUCUCCCAGCUGCUCUCACCUCUCCCAUGAAAACUGCUCCUGCUGCAGCCUCGGUGGGAGCUGCAUCUCUGGCCCCUCUCCCUGCCUCUGGAGCAGUCCCAUCCCCUCUCCCUGCCUCUGGAGCAGCCCCAGCCCCUCUCCCUGCCUCUGGAGCAGCCCCAGCCCCUCUCCCUGCCUCUGGAGCAGCCCCAGCCCCUCUCCCUGCCUCUGGAGCAGCCCCAGCCCCUCUCCCUGCCUCUGGAGCAGCCCCAGCCCCUCUCCUACCGCCCCCAUCCCGUCCCCUCCUGGCAUCUCCCCCACCAGUGCCUCCCACUUUGCUGCCUGCUCCCGCUGUGGCAGUGUCCCCCCAGAGUCCGGGAUCACCCCCACUUCCCACAUUCCCGGUGUCUCCUGGAAUUCCUGCUGUUGCAGCCUCCCCCCGAGCCCCAGCUCCGGCCCUGGUCAGUGCCAUCUCUCCCCCUGUCUUCCUGGCUGCCCCCAAAGCUCCCUUGUCACCCCCUAUCCCUCUGCUGCCGGCCGGGAUGUCCCCUGGGCAUCCUGCUGCUGGCCCAGCCCCUGGUGCCCCAGUCUCACCACUGCUCCCAGCUGCUCCUUCUGUUGCCAAGGCCUCUCCCACGGGCCCUGCCCCUCUGCUCCCAGCUGUGGGACACCCAGUCCCUCCCUCAGUAGCCAGGACCCCUCCUGGGAGCCCAGCCCCUCCGGUGGCUCCUGCCCUGUCCACACCCACCUUGGGAGCUGCCACCUCUGUCCCAGGACCUCCAGUGAGCCCCGUGUUCCCAGCAGCAGCUCCUGUGCGUGCUGUCCCCUCUGCCAGCUGCCCCACUGUCACCCCGGCCAUGGCAGCUCCAGCCACCCCUCCUGUGGCCAAACCAGCUCCUCCAAGUCCAGCUGCUGCCCCCUCUCCUCCUGUCACCCCGGCCAUGCCAGCUCCAGCCACCCCUGCAGCGGCCAAAGCAGCUCCUGGGAGCCCGGUCACCGCUCCAGCUGCCCCCUCUGUCCCUGUCACACCUCCCAUGGCACCUCUGGCUGCCUCUCCUGUGGCUAAAACAUCUCCUGCUGCCCCUGUCACCCCGGCCAUGGCAACUCCAGCCGCCCCUCCAGCGGCCAGAGCAGCUCCUGGGAGCCCGGUCCCUGCCCCUUGUGUCCCUGGCACACCGACCGUGGCAGCUUCACCCUCUGCAGCUGCUCUUCCCUCAGCCAAAGAUGCUGCCAAGGGCUCUGUUGCUGCCCCAGCUGCCACUCCAACUGCCCCCACCCCAGCUCCAGCCACCCCACCUGCAGCUAAAUCCGCUCCCAAGAGCUCAGCUGCUGCUCCCCCAUCCCCUGCCACCCCAGCUCCUGCAGCUCUGCCAGCUCCAGCAGACAAAGCACCCCCAAAGAGCCCUGCCAAAGCCACCCCCACUGAGGACAAAGCACCCCCAAAGAGCCCUGCCAAAGCCACCCCCACUGAGGACAAAACACCCCCAAAGAGCCCUGCCAAAGCCACCCCCACAGAGGACAAGGCACCCCCAAAGAGCCCUGCCAAAGCCACCCCAGCUCCGGCUUCCCCUGGAGCAGCCCAAAAACCUCCCAAGGGCAGCCCCAACGCUGCCCCAUCCACUCCUGUAGCUCCAGGUGCCUGUGCUGAGGCCAAGGCAUCUCCAAAGAGCCCUGUCAAAGCCCCCCCUGCUGAGGCCAAAGCACCCCCAGAAAGCCCCGUUACAGCCACCCCAGCUCCAGCUGCCCCUCCAGCAGCCAAAACACCCCCGAAGAGCCCUGCCAAAGCUACCCCAACCCCUGCAGCUGAGGCCAAAACACCCCCAAAGGGCCCUGCCAAAGCCACUCCAGCUUCAGCAGCCUCUCCUGAGGCUAAGGCACCCCCAAAGAGCCCUGCCAAAGCUACCCCAGCCCCUGCUGAGGCCAAAACACCCCCAAAAAGCCCUGCCAAAGCUACCCCAACCCCUGCUGAGGCCAAAGCACCCCCAAAGAGCCCUGCCAAAGCCAUCCCUGGUGAGGCCAAAACACCUCCAGAUCCUGCCCAAGUGCUUCCCAAGAGCCCUGCUACAGCCACCCCAGCUCCCAGUGCCCCCCCAGCAGCCAAAACACCCCCAAAGAGCCCUGUCAAAGCCACCCCAGCUCCAGUGGCCCCUGCUGCAGCCAAAGGACCCUCAAAAAGCCCUGCUGAGGCCAAGGCACCCCCAAAGAGCCCUGUCAAAGCCACCCCAGCUCCAUCUACCCCUGCUGAGGCCAAGGCACCCCCAAAAAGCCCUGUCAAAGCUGCUCCCCCUCCAGCCACCCCUGCUGCGGCCAAAGGACCCUCAAAAAGCCCUGCUGAGGCCAAGGCACCCCCAAAGAGCCCUGUCAAGGCUGCUCCACCUCCAGCAGCUCCAGCCACACCUCCUGCUCCAGCCACGGGUGUUUCUGGUGCCCCUCCAAAGCCCCCAACCCCCUCCAAAGCAGACGCCGGCCGUCCUGGCUCUGCGCCGAGCGCUCCCCCCGCCAAGAAGCAGCAGCCCCCCACCAAUGACAAGGUGGCCAAGCUGGCCACUCGCCCCCCCUCGAAAGCCCCACCCGGCGCUGAGGAUGAGGACCUGCCACCUCUGCUCCCCCCCGAGCCGCCCGUGCUGCUGGAGCUGUCCCCGCCCGCGGGGGUCCCGGCCCCGCUGGCGCCGCAGCCCGUCCUCAAGAAUGACAAGGGUAUUUGCGGUUUGCCGUGUGCAUGGAGUGUCACUGGCUGCCCACGGGGUACUAACGGGCCCGGGGCCGCGCGGGCCGGGCUGGAGCGAGCCCGGCAGCACGGGGAGGGCCGGGGCUCGGCACGGUGCCGGCGGUCACUAACGCGUGUCCUCGGGCACGGAGCACGGUGUGGUUUGUGGCAUGGGCACCGCGAGCUGAGCUGGCUUCACACGGAGGAGCUGCCACGGGCCUGUUCCUGCUGCGGGUGGUGUCCCCGUGGGCUCCCCGUGGCCGGUUGGCGGCGGAAGGGGGGCAGUGGGCAGCGUUGGUGCCAAACUGGGCUGUCCCCACGCUAUGCCUGAAGUGUUGGGGAGCCUGGGCACACCCUGACACCUGCAGAGAGCUUUGCCAGGGCUCCUGUGUGCCGUGGGCACAGAGGCCCUUCCCAGAGGACUGAGGACUCAAUCCAGGUAAUGGCUGCACGGGAGCAUCAUGGUCACCUCCCCGUGACCGCUGGGGACACCCAGCUCUGCUUCGAUAACUGGUGUGCUCGGUGCCGUGGGUCACAAGUAGUGGUGGCACUGCAGCUGGUGGCCCUCUGGGCACCCAGAGGUGCUGUUCCCUGGGAGGGGUUUGGGGUUAUCCCAGAUCAUCCCUGUAGUGAAGCCACGGAUGUGCAGCAGCCCUGAGGGCUCGGUGAGUGGGGUCUCGGUGCGUGUGUCAGCUCUGGGUUAGAGGGGAGUCAAGAGGGGCCCUGUCACACUGGGCUGCUGCCACCUCAGCACCCUGGGAGUGUCACCCACCUCCUCCUUGAGCUGUUGUCACAGGCUGGAGCUACCUCUGGGUUCAUUCUGGAGCCUCCAGGCACCUGUGGGGCUCUGGCACCCGGCUCCCACUGAGGGCCGAGGCUGAGGAUCCAUUCGUGCCACCCUGCUGAUGCCAUUUGGGGUGCAGUGAGAGCUCCUGAUGGCACUCAGAGUGCAGGAAAUGCUCCAUCCACCACCUAACUGGGCUUCACUGGGAGCCAGCAGCAAAGGCUGUGUGCCCUGGACCUACCUGAGGUGGGAAGAGUGAGGGGUGUGUG